AUGGCCACCCCGGCAACAGACCACGCCGAACAUGAACGAGCUGAAGCGUCCCUGCGGCCCGACCAGCUUAAGCUUCUCGAACAAAUUCGCAGCAAUGUCAUUGGUGACUGCAUGCCUCUCGACGGUCCCUUUGGCUCCAAGCCCCUGAUCUACGCCGACUACACCGCCUCGGGUCGCUCCCUGGGCAUGAUUGAAAACUUUAUUCAGCAACGCGUCCUCCCCAUGUACGCCAACACCCAUACGGAUGCCAGUGCCACCGGGCGCCAGACAUCACAUGCCCGUGAAGAAGCCCGCAACAUGGUUCUAUCCGCCUGCGGCGGCAACACCCAUGAACACGCCGUCAUCUUCACCGGCUCGGGCUCUACCUCAGCCAUCUACAAGUUUAUGGGUCUCCUCGACGUCAUGCCCCUGCCCACGGGCCAUGCCGGCGUUCGCGCCCCAAAGGCCCGAAACACGCUUGCCAAACUCGACAAAGCAGAGGUGGUCGAAACAGAUCUCGAACCCGAAGACAAACGCAAAUCUCGCCGCACGAAACCCGCGGCACCAAAGAACAAACACCCCAUGCCCCCUCGUCGCCGUCGCGCCGUCGUCUUCAUCUCAGAGUACGAACAUCACAGCAACGACCUGCCCUGGCGCGAAGCCCCCGUGGAUCUGGUCCGCGUACGCUGCGGCACGGACGAGCACGUCUGCCUCAAGCAUCUUGAGAAACUUCUCAAAAAGUAUCGCAAACGCCCAUUGCUGAUUGGCUCUUUCAGCGCUGGCUCCAACGUGACCGGCCUCCUCUCCCCGGUUCCGGAACUGGCCCGCCUCCUCCAUCGCUAUGGCGCACUUGCCUGCUUUGACUAUGCUGCUGCCGCCCCCUACGUUCCCAUCGCCCUCGGCUCCAAGGCCUAUGGCAACGAAGGCUAUCUUGAUGCCGUCUACAUCAGCCCGCACAAAUUCAUCGGCGGGCCGGGUACCCCGGGUCUUCUCCUUGUGCGCCGCGACGUGUGCCGCAACGCUGUGCCCGUCGUUCCCGGUGGUGGUACCGUCCGCUUUGUCAGUGCCGACGCCCACUUGUACACACGCGAGAUCGAACACCGCGAAGAAGGCGGCACCCCAGACAUUGUGGGGGCCGUUCGUUGUGGUCUCGUGUUUGAACUCAAGCACCGCGUGGGUGAAGAUUUUAUCGUUGCCCGCGAACAUGAACUCCUUGAGCGGGCCUGGAAGGUCUGGAGCACCCUUCCCGAACAGCUCGUGCUAUUGGGGCCACAAAAGCUGCCCAAGCUCACCAUCACCUCCUUCAUCAUCAAAUUUGGCAAACGCAUGCUGCAUUACAACUUUGUCGUGGCCUUACUCAACGACAUCUUUGGCAUCCAGUCCCGCGGUGGCUGCUCCUGUGCUGGCCCUUACGGUUUGAGUCUUCUCAAGCCCAGCCAAGAGGUCUUCGACUGGGUGCUAACUGAAAUGGGAGGCGGCCAUGACGGUGCCAAAAUGGGCUGGACCCGUGUCAACUUUCCCUACUUCUUCACAGAUGAGCAAGCUGAUUACGUUAUUCAAGCCGUGGCACUGGUGGCUCAACACGGCUGGCGCCUGCUUCCUCACUAUACCUUCGACUUGAAUAGCGGUAUCUGGACACACAAGUCUCAGAGUGAUCAACCGGUGUCAUCCCUUUUGGCCCUUUUCGACAGACCCAUCGCCGAGAGCAAGCCUUCAGCGCCUGCCUCCACGACCAUCCAACCAGACUAUAAUCAGCUGCUUGCCCAGGGUCGCGAGAUCCUGAUGGCCACUUCUGAACCAGUGGCUGCCUCCCUGCAAGAGGAGGGCCACGAUGCUGACUCGGGCGUCCAUGACACCGCCUCCACGCACAGCAACCGCAAGAAGAAAACGCCUGCUCUUGUUCGCUGGUACAUGCUACCAGAAGACUGCCAGGAUGCGUCUUUGAUGAAAGAGCUCGUGGCAAAGACAGAGGCGUGGUCCCUUCCUACGCAGCAGGUGGUAUCCUAAGCCAAGCUAGAUUGCAAUGAUUAUCCUACAUUCUUUUCUCGAGCACCAAGUGUCUGUGUGACUCGUCGAAAUCAUAUCGUCUUUAUCCUACAACCUGUGUUUUUGUUUGUUUUGGUUGGAGCAACCAGAGUUUUCCAUCAAUGUAUCGUUGUCUAUGCCCCCGCAUGUCCCCUGCUGGCUAGACGUAUUGCACCCAAAGCUGAGUCGUUUCAUCUCCACUUUAUUCCGUGCGAUGUUCCAUGUCAUCCGCCUUCCUGCUU